CUGCUCCCACCCAUGCUCACCUCAUGGGCAUUGGCAUUGCCUCCAUCCUCAGCUCAAGCCAAGCGCUGCGCAUUCACCACCCACCAACCCUGCCUGCCUCGGCGCGAGAGCAAGAAUGGCGGCCGGCAUGCCAGUGACACCGACCACGCCGACGACGACGAUGCCGCUGCCGAGCUACCAGGUGUCCGGCGCGGGCGCCGCCCCGCGGCACGCCGCCUCCGCCGGGUCGUCGAUCGGCGCCUUCUUCGGCGUGCUGGCCGCGGUGCUCGUGCUCACCGUGCUUUCCUGCGUCUUCGGCCGGGUGUGCGCCGCGCAGGCCGAGCGGCCCGACGAGUCAUACGACUGCACCAGGCUGGCGCUCUGGCGGCCCCGCCGCGCGCCGCGGAGGCGGCCGCCUCCGGCUGCGGAGGCCAAGCAGCAGCCGGCCACGGAGGGACCGCCGCUGCCGCUGCCUGAGCCGUGAUACAUGACGCUCAGCUUCUUCAUCUUUUGCUGCCCUUAAUUGCAGGUUAGUAUGGUAGUAGGAAAACUGAAAAUAAAACAGAAAUUGUAAAUCGAUGUAAUGUCUUUUUAACCUUUGAUGAGUUCUCUUCAGGUCACUGUUUAAGCUUGGUUUACCUCAUGGCUGUCACUGUCAUUUCCAUAUAGCAACAUCAUAGUAUUAUAAUUCUUUUUUUUUU